AUGAGCGUUUUUGGUGGGCAAAUGGGGUUGAAUUGGAAUAUUGGAGUGUUAAGCGAGUCAAUGAUGAUUAGGAAAUUGCAUCAUUUGUUAAUUGUUCCACACUCUUCUUUUUUUCCAAAUACUGGGAAAGUUUACAGUUGAAUAUUAUGGAGUGCAAUGAAGAGAGCAGAAACCCUCUUCAUACCCGCAAGGCAAAGAAGCAGGCAAGCAGAGGCAGAUCGAGAGGAGAUGGCGGGUCUGUUCGACAAGCAAGCCGAGAUCUACGUUGACGCUCGUCCGACAUACCCGGCACACUGGUACUCCAUGCUCGCUUCUCGCACUCCUCGCCACUCCCUCGCCUGGGACGUCGGCACCGGCAAUGGCCAAGCUGCCCUCGGCGUAGCCGGUCACUACGACCAGGUGAUUGCCACUGACACGAGCGCAGCCCAGCUAAAAUGUGCGAUGCAGCAUCCGAGGGUCUGCUACUUCCACACCCCUUUGCCCAUCUCCAACGACGAAAUCAUGUCCUUAUUCGGAGGGGAAAAUUCAGUGGAUUUGAUUACAGUGGCUCAAGCAGUGCACUGGUUCGACCUGCCCAAUUUCUACUCCCUCGCAACCCAUCUGCUCCGGAAGCCGGGAGGCAUGAUCGCAGUGUGGUGCUACAACGAUGUCGAAGUGAGCCCUAUGUUCGAUCCAGCCAUGAAACGCUUCCACGAUACUACACUGCCCUUUUGGGACCCCAACAUAAAGCACAUAUUCGAUGGUUACAAGAGACUCCCUUUCCCAUUCGAGAGCGUGGGCUUGGGAUGCGAAGGUGAGCCGUUGCCGCUGGACAUACUGAAGGAGCUCUCUUUCGAAGGGUUUCUGAGGAUGCUAAGGUCAUGGUCCGCAGUCACUACGGCUAAGGAACAAGGUGUUGAUUUGUUAUCAGAAGGCGUGGUGAGAGAGCUUGAGGAUGCAUGGGGAGGUCAUGAUCUGGUCAGGUGCAUUGUGUACAAGGCUUUCAUGCUUGCCGGCACAGUGUGAGCUGCAAAUGUCUGUGUCCUCUUUUCGACUUCUUCACAUUAGAAUUGAACCGGCACGGGCGGUUCCAAUGAUCCUUUUGAUUGCCAUUUUUUCACAACCUGAGAACUAAAGAAACCUUAGCUCAGACCUUGUGUGCUGAGCUGAAUAUGCAUAUACUCUGGCUUAUCUCUGUCAAGCGUGUCAAACUUAGGUGGGGAAGGAAUGAUGUCGGAUAGAAUUAUGUACUUGGGGUU